AUGCCUCCACAAAGACGUCGCCGCCCUGUUGAGGCCGAGGAAUCAGAAGAGGAUGCCCGUCCCAGACAAAGAAACAGAGCUGGUUCAGAGGACGAACAAAACGACCACGACCCUAGCGAUGCCGAAAUGGACGGCGACAGGACUCAAGUGCAGAGCGCCGACGAACAAUUAGCGAAGAAGCUUGUUCGCUAUGCUAUAUCUUGCGAAUUCUCAAGAACCAUCAUACGAAGAGAUGGCAUCAAAGAGCGAGUCCUGGGAAACCAAGGUCGUUCUUUCCGGCGCAUUUUUGAUAUGGCGCAAAAGCAGCUGAGAGAGUAUUGGGGCAUGGAGAUGCGAGAGUUGCCUGUUAGAGAAAAGGUCUCGCUUCAGGAGAAGCGUCAAGCCAUGAAGAGCAACUCACAGCCCAAGCUCGGCUCCGGUUCUUAUAUUCUUACCUCGACGUUACCAGAAGCAUACCGCAGCGCUGCGAUCCUCGGACCUUCGAAAACACCCAGCCCAGACGAUGAGGCCACGUAUACGGCUUUCUACACAUUGGUCAUCACGUUGAUCUAUCUCAGCGGUGGGGAACUCAGUGAACAAAAGCUGAAGCGCCAUCUUCAACGAAUGAACGCCGAUCAGAAUGUGUCGAUGGACAAGACUGAAACCAUUCUCAAGAGAAUGGAGAGGCAAGGAUAUGUGACCAGGAGAGUUGAACGGCCACCUCUAGGCCAAGAUGGUGAGCAUACCAUCACAUGGCAUGUUGGCCCACGCGGCAAGGAAGAAGUUGGCUUGAGUGGCGUGAUGGGCAUGACGCGAGAAGUCUAUGGUGACAGCUGGAACGAGGAGAUGGAGAAGAAGCUUCGAUCGAGUCUGAACAUUAGAGACCCUCGGCAAAACGGCGAUGAUGAGGAGGUCGACGCGGAGGCCAGUCGAAUGCAAGAAUGA